UCACCCAUCCCCAAAACGCGAAAAAAACCUAUUUAAGCAAAACGCAACGAUCUCUCCGUAAUUUGUUGGGCGCGUUUCAAUAUCGGAAGCCGGAGUUCGGAGCGGGCAAAAUGGGAAAUUUCGACGGUGAUUCUGGAACGGUUUUCGAGCAGAGCUACGCGACGACAAACGGAAAUGGAAGGGUGGCGGGGGCCAACGGCAUUGGAAAUGGGGCGGCGAACUUCAGUCCUCCGGAAAAACAGGAACUUCUCAGCCAGCGCAAGUUCUCGGCACCCGCAUACACUGAAAUUCGCACGCGACGCUGCCAUUCCAAACCGACAAAUGACGCCAAGAGCCCCAGCUUGAUUAACUACCAUCCGGAAAAGAAGUCGAUCUCCAAUGGACAUGCCUCCGUUCUGUCGGAAUCCAAGCCCAACCAGGCAGAGGGCAAACUCUCGCCGGAACAGGAGCACUUCCAGAAGACCUCCUUCGAGGAGGUUCCUCUGCACACGGCCUGCCUUACGUACCUGGGAUUUUACCUCCUAAUGAUCCUGGGCUACAUCAACCAGCUGCUCUUCGUGCCCAAAGUGGCCACCGAGAAGGGUCGUGAGGGUUAUGUGAAGCUGUACGAUGCCUUCGAGAGCUUCUACUCGAGAUAUGUUUACCGAAGGAUCAAAGAUUGCUGGAACCGACCCAUUUGCAGUGUUCCGGGCGAGGAGCUCACCCUGAAGGAUCGCGUGACCGAUGAUUAUGGCUGGAGUUUUAAGUUCACCGGAACGGAGACGCGCUGCUUGAACUUGGGAUCCUACAAUUACCUGGGAUUUGCAGCCGCUACUGGACGAUGUGCAGAUGAUUCGGAGGAAAGUGCUCAGGAGUCUGGGUUGGCCUACUGCAGUUCCCGCUGUGAGCUGGGUGACAACGAGCAGCUUCAGGAACUGGAAGCCCAAACAGCCAGAUACUUUGGUGUGGAGGAUGCCAUUGUCUUUGGAAUGGGCUUCGCCACAAAUGCAUUGAACCUUCCCUCUCUUAUCGGACCCAACAGCCUGGUUAUCAGUGACGAGAAGAACCAUGCCUCCAUCAUCCUGGGAUUGCGGUUGUCCGGAGCCACGACCAAGGUGUUCAAGCACAACAACAUGCGGGAUCUGGAGCGAGUCCUUCGCCAGGGCAUUUGCUAUGGAAAUCCUAAAAAGGGCGGUCAGCCAUGGGACAAAGUGCUGAUCCUGGUCGAGGGCAUAUUUAGUAUGGAAGGUUCCAUUGUCCGAUUGCCCGAAAUUAUUGCUCUUAAAAAGAAAUAUAAGGCAUAUUUGUAUCUGGAUGAAGCUCACAGCGUCGGAGCCAUGGGUUCUCGUGGACGAGGUGUUACAGACUACUUCAAUGUGGAUCCCAAGGAGGUGGACAUCUUGAUGGGCACAUUUACCAAGAGUUUCGGCAGUGCUGGUGGUUACCUUGCUGGAUCAAAGAAACUGAUCGACUUCCUUCGCACCAACAGUCACGCCCAUUGCUAUGCUGCAUCCAUUUCGCCUCCAAUCGCCCAACAGAUUCUGACUUCCAUGAAGACCAUUAUGGGUGAAGAUGGUACCGAAAUCGGCCGCAAGAAAAUCCACCAGCUGGCCAGGAACACGCGUUACUUCCGCCGACGUUUGGCUCAGCUCGGAGUAAUCACAUACGGUCACGAGGACUCGCCGGUGGUGCCCAUGCUGGUCUACCUCUUUUCCAAGAUUGGCGCUGUGGUUCGUACCUUGACGACCCGCCACAUUGCCGCAGUGGGUGCUGGAUUUCCAGCCACGCCCAUUAUGGAGGGACGCAUACGCUUCUGCCUAUCAGCCGCCCACACCAAAGAGCAGCUGGACUUUGCUCUGGAGGCGAUAGACGAGAUCGCCGACGAUCUGGGUCUGAAGUAUUCACGCAAGCCACGCGAUCCGAAUCCCGUUGUCUACUAGAUACAUAUAAGUUAAGCUUGGGGUGAAAGGCAGUCUCGCCGACUGUUCGACCAAAACUAAAACACAGUCCAGAUAUGGUUAUAUCAUUUACGAACGAUGGGAUACGUUGACGGGGCUUCUAUUUAUGACUAAUUCCCUGGGAAUAUCCAUUCAAAAGGGAGCACUACAGCGACAAAAACAAAACAGUACAGCACAUAGCUUAAAUGAUAAAAUAUUAUUAAUUAUUUAGCAUUUACCUCUACGUAGUUGUUAUUGUAAUUGUAAACUACAAUCGUCUUCUUGAAUCGCCUGCCGCAUUUUGAGUAUUUGAAGAUGUGGAAAUAACAGCGAAAUGUAUUAAGCAAAUCAGGUUUUGGUUACAUUCAGAGCUAAGCUAAGGGAAGACCCUUUUCGUGGGACAGUCGAGCACCUCGCUUCUACCAUUUAAGCUGAGCCUGAAGAGACGUCUAGGGCGUAAGCGAUAUAAUUGUAAAACACCAUUUUGGUAGGCCUUCUAGGCCCCUAAAUUUGGGCCAUUGUCAGGAACGUAUAUAUGUAUAAUGUUUAUGUAUUAAUAAUUUUAUUUUUCUAUCAAGAAAUAAAUAACUGUUGCUUUAUCUAUUGAAUUAA